AUGGAGAGUUUGGGAGAAGAAGAUCUAGAAAAGCUUGUGCUCGAUUAUAUUGAGCCUCCGAUCACCGUCCUGGAUCAUGUGGAGAAGUCUUCAACUGCUCUACUAACCCUUCAGAAGAUUAUUGAGAAAAAAGGAGAAGAGGAGAAGGAAAUGGAAGAGAAGGUAAAGUGGUUUAUCAGAAGAAAAAGAUUAUCAUACAAAGGAGACGAAGAGAAGCAAGAUGUGAUGGAAAAGCUUGUAUCUAAGCUUAGAUCUGAUGGCUACAAUGCUUCUAUCUAUAGAACCUCGUGGGAUUCUUCUAUUGACCGCCGUGGAGGAUGUAGAAUGUUUAGGUGUGCGAGGAAGUAUGAAUACAUUGAGGUCAUUGUGGCAAGUGACCAGGACGGUGAUGAGGGAAGCAAGCAACGUCUGAUGAUAAUUGAUCUUGAUUUCAAGUCUCAGUUUGAGUUAGCGAAACAGACUAAAGGUUACAAAGACGUGACUCAGAUGCUUCCUACAGUGUUUGUGGCCACGGAAGAGAGACUCAAAAGAGUUGUUUCAUUGGUUUGCUGUGAGUUGAAAGAGUCCAUGAAGAAAGAAGGAAUGUCUAGACCACCAUGGAGGACUACUAGAUACAUGCUAGCCAAGUGGCUACCUGAGAAUCGUCGAAGAGUCUCUGGUUCUGAGAAUGGAUCUUGGUCUAUGUUUGAUGAUGAUGAUGGUGAAGCUGUUGGGAUAUGA